AUGCAGUGUAUUGCAGAGUCAUUGAAUAAGUCGUCUUUAGAACAUAGGUUGUAUGGAGAUAGGGAGGCGUUGGAGGAGGAGUUUGUUAUGGGUAAUGGUCGGUUUAAGCAGUUGGCGCCUUCUUUGUCGAUGCCUCCGGUUGCAUCUCCACAGGCAUUUUUGAGGGCACAUACGGAUGAUUCCAAAAAUCCAGAUUGUAAGAUCAAGAUUGCCCACGGUACUACUACUUUGGCGUUUAGAUUCCAGGGGGGGAUUGUUGUUGCGGUGGAUUCGCGUGCAACUGCAGGCCAAUGGAUUGCGUCGCAGACGGUAAAGAAGGUUAUUGAGAUUAAUCCGUUUUUGUUAGGUACGAUGGCGGGUGGUGCAGCUGACUGUCAAUAUUGGGAGACGUGGUUAGGCGCUCAAUGCCGUCUACAUGAAUUGAAGGAGAAAGAGAGGAUUUCUGUUGCAGCAGCGUCAAAGAUUUUAGGGAACUUGGUUUAUGAAUACAAAGGUGCCGGCCUUUCAAUGGGUACAAUGAUCUGUGGUUAUACUAAAAAGGAGGGGCCAACUAUUUAUUACGUAGAUUCAGAUGGCAUGAGGUUAAAGGGGGACCUGUUCUGUGUUGGUUCUGGUCAGACGUUUGCGUAUGGUGUUUUAGAUACGAAUUAUAAAUGGGAUUUGACUGUGGAGGAAGCUUUAUACUUGGGGAAACGUUCUAUUUUGGCGGCUGCGCAUCGUGAUGCAUACUCUGGUGGGUCUGUCAAUUUGUACCAUGUUACCGAAAACGGGUGGGUAUUCCAUGGCAACUACGAUGUGGGAACGUUAUUCUGGGAAAUAAAGGAGAAAGAAAAAUCGUUCAACAAUGUUAUUGGCUGA